CAUUACCCGUGUCUACUUCCUAGCAUUCGCCAGAUAGCGUAGCUAUUCAGUUUCGAAGCACGGUUUUAACUUAUACCGAAUAUUAUUAUAAUAUUUUCAUAACCACCCAGAUAAACCGAUUUUGAACUUUUAUCUGUAUUUAUCGUUAAAAAUAAUCGUUCACAUUUUGUAACUUUCAACAACGAACGAUAUUGUUAUGUAUGUUAUCGCGUUAAAUAUUUACAAUGUGAUUAAUUUGUUAUUGAACAAAGGAAGAACAUGUACAAGUUAAACAUUCUACUAUUCUUUUACUGUUUUGCAACUGCUGCUGUUUUUGCUCAGAGCACACCUGAUAAUUUUUGUAUAAUUCUUGAACCAGUUCUAAGAACUUUUUCUUACAACUUGACAAGUCUUUCAAAUCCUGAAAAAGAUGUUACUUUACAUUAUGAAUACUUGAAUGAAACUAUACGAUUACAACUAUGUACUUCAUUAAAACAAAAAUGCAAUGGAAAGUAUGGAUACAGUAUUUGUUUGACAAGAAAUAAUGAAGAGAAAGGGAUAGGAAAGAUGCCUCCAAAAGUAGAUAUAGAAAAUGGUAGAAUAAUGUUUGUAUUUACUGGAGAUGAUUGUACAUCUGAAACUAAAUAUAAUGUAAAUAUUGUUAUGAAAUGUGAUUAUGAAGCUGGAAAUAAUUCUUUUCCUGAGUUAUUUUAUCAUACAUUGACCCAAUGUAAUUUAUACAUGGUAUGGAAAACUGCUCUUGCUUGUGGACCUAGAAUUACACAAAGCUGUACAGUAACAGAUAAUGGAUUGCAUUAUGAUUUAUCUCCUUUAACAAGAUAUUCACAAAAUUAUGUUAUUCAUAUGGGUAAUAAAACAUCUCCAAAAAUUAUAUUAAAUGUAUGCCACUCUGUGAUAUUUGAGUACAAUGCUCUAUGUCAAAUGCAUUCGGGAGCUUGUUUACAAGAUGCCUCAAAAUCUAAAUACGUGAAUUUGGGUGAGGUGCAACAUCCACCAUUUUUAGAGGAUGGAAAAUUAAAACUUGUAUAUCAGGAGGGAGAUAUGUGUAAAAUGAACAUUACAGAACCACAUAUUAAGACUACUAUUUCUUUUAUAUGUGACUUUGAAGCUAUGGAGACAAUCCCAGAAUAUGUUGGAGGGAAUGAAGAAUGUCAUUACCAAUUAAUAUGGAAAACUGCAGCAGCCUGCAGUGUAGAAUCUUUGCGCAACCAUAGUGCAAUAACUGCUGGCAAAUGUACAGUGAAUAAUCCUCUUACAAAUUUUACGUACGAUUUACGACCCCUGAUGAAUAAUGACUCUUAUAUUAAUGCACAGAACGGAAUAAAGUAUCAAUUUGGAGUAUGUAAAUCACCUAAGAAUUCAAGCUGUGUAUCUGGAACAGGAGCUUGUCUCACUAAAAAUAGUACAUCUAUGGGAAGAGCAAAUACAAAUCUUAUGUGGGAAGAAGGUGGACCUUAUCUAAAUUACACAAAUGGAGAUCUUUGCGAAAAUGGGCAACGUCGUUACACAGUUAUUGCAUUCUUAUGUGGAGCAGAAGGAUCUCCAAAUGAACCACUUGUUAUGGAACAAAAUUCGUGUCAGUUAAUUAUACAUUGGAACACUAAUUUAGUUUGCGAAAAAAGGAUAAAGUGUGCUACGGAUGAUGAUGAGAUAAAUUUAAGUUCAUUGAUAAGGUCUACUAAUAAUUAUAUCGUAAAAGUGAAUAAAACUGAGUUUCAUAUAAAUAUAUGUAGACCGUUGGUCCCGGUACCAGGUUUAACAUGUGCACACGGCAGUGCAGGUUGCAAAGCUUCAAUAAGUCCAACUAAUGAGUAUGUAAACGAAGUCAGUUUAGGAUUCCCAAAAGAAAGUCCUAUAAUAAAUAGUGAUCAUGAAACAGUGUUACGAUACAUAGGUGGAUCACCUUGCCCGGAAAAUUUAGACAAAUUAAUUUCAACGAAUUUCACAUUCCCAUGCCGUUCUAACGAUAAGGGAUCUCCAGAAUUCAAAGGAUACAAAGACUGUACUUAUAUGUUUGAGUGGAAAACAAGUAUUACAUGCGGAGCUGUAAUGGGAAAUUGGACUCCUCCUUGUAUCAUAAAAGAUCAGUUACUUUCGCAUGAAUGUAAUCUGUCUUUGUUACAUAAAAAUCAACCGGUAUAUUAUGUAAAGAAUAAACAAGGAAAAACAUACAGUAUAUGUAUAUGCGGAGGAAUAAAGCUCUGUAAUAAUUCUGCCAUAUGUCAAGGAAACAAUGGUUAUGGAUCACUAACAAAUGUAAUUUUUGAUUAUGGUAGGAAUAUUAUAAAAUUGCACUAUUCUAAUGGUGGCAAAUGUAAUGUAAAUAGUUCCUAUACAUCUGACGUGCGAUUUAUAUGUAAUGAAUCUAUAGGAAUUGGCGAACCAAAAUUACUAUGGGAAUCGCAGUGCAACGCAGAAUUCGAAUGGCAUACUAAUGUUACUUGCACUUGUCAGUCAAACUCUCAGCAGCCUACGGCUUCUACAAAUGUACAUGAAAUCGUGCAAGACUUUUCUGCUAGUCAUACUGGUACAGUGGCAGGUAUCGUGUUAAGCGUUAUCGUCUUGGUAGCAGCAUUUCUUUAUUUUAAAGAUCCUGAUAAAAGAGCUUGUUUCCGUUCUUGUUUCAAUCCCUUUUCCUCGAGAAGAGGCAGUGGCCGCGUUCAGUAUUGUAGGGUCGAUACAACGGAAGAAGCUCGUCUUCUGCUUGAUGUUGACCCCACACAGUGUCAAACGGAUAGUGAUGACGAUAUGCUGAACGCGUAGUAAGUCUCAAAUGAAUAGUUACGCUGCAUAAAAUGUUGGAAUAUUUAUAUGUAUUAUAUGGUACUAUGUGGUAAGAUCGUUUAAUAUUUUUGUAUCAAAUGUUUCUUUUCCUGUGACUCAAUAAUAUGUCUGAAACAGUAAAGAAACAGCAUAAUAAGAGGCUUUCUAGUAACUAAAGACCAUAUUAUUACUUUAAUUGUUUAGAAGAAUUUUCAGAAUGAAAAUUGAAUAGUAUGGUUAAAAAAAAGGUGCAUAAUAUAUAUUUUCUUUUUUAAAUUCACUUACUUUCUGAAUUAGCAUUCUUACAAAUUCGUAAGAAAUAAUUUCUGUUCUAUUAUACUCUUUUUAACAUUAAUCCCGGUAUAUUGUUACAGAAUAUAUUAUUUUUUAUUUUUAAACUCAUUCAGAAAUUAUAGGUAGUGAAGUCGUAGUAAAUGUUCGAACGGAUGAUUUUCAGUAUCAAUUUUUUAUUUAUUUGUACCGUGAUACUAAUUAAGAGAACGUGAUAUAAAAAAAAUUCAACAGCAAGACUGGUUAAUUUGUCGUGAAAUUAUCCCUAAUCUUGUUUAAAAUCGUAGAAAUGAUUAGGUUUCCUGCGCUGAUGGACAAUUUUUAGUAAAUUUUAUUUUACUUAUUCAAGGAAUGGAAUUUACAGUCAAAUUCUAAAUGUUUUAAUGUCACAACUUACAAAUUGCUUAAGAAUCAUAUUAUCAAAGAAACUAAUUUUUAUGCAACUGAUGAGUAACUUUAUUUUUCAAACUUGACUUUGUUAACUUUUGUUUGAUAGUGUAUAUAGAUUAUUAAUUGCAUUUUUUUUUAUAUGUAUCCAUGCAGAUAGCAAAGAAGAGUAUAGAUUUUAAUACAUUUGGUAGACAUUCCAGUAUAUUUUUAUUUGUUAAAUGAAAAAUUUUAUUUCAUGUUUGCAGUUUCUUGUUAUGUGAUAAUAAGUAUUUAAAUUGUUUCAUCAUUUUUGUUACAAUUAUUAAAGAUUUCAAACACUAUUAACUGAUUUAACGAAAUAUUGUAUAUUCUUAUUAUUUCUUAAAUACUUCAUGUAAAACAGACCAUUUUACAUUUAAAUUUGUUACAAUUUAUAAUGUAUGUAAAAUGCAAUAUAAACAAAGCAAUAUAAUAUACGAUAAUAGAGAAACAGUACCAACCUAAUUCUACAGAAACUUCAGUUACUUCAUUUUUUUUAUCAUAGAUGAAAUUGUCCAAAUUGCGAUUAAAAAUUUCUGUACUAGUCAAAAUAUCUUGUUAUAGUUUGCGAGUAAAUAGUAAAUGUAAACUUUCUACAAAGCUUUGUAUCUGUUGUAUUUAUAAAAUAUUUCUUAAUUACGGGUUGUGUGCUCGUUGUAUCUUUACAAUUAUGCAUACAUGUAUUUAUAAGGGGAUUCUUAAUGUGUGUAUAAAACAGAUCAAGAUUUUUAAAUAAUGAUGUAUCUGUAAAUAACA